AUGACCUCAUCAUCCCACGGAUCUUUUCAACCCCAGGAGCCGGAAGAAUUAAUUCGGUUUUUGAGCGAGGCGACAAAAGAAAACCGUGACCACAAGGCCCUACGGGAAUGUUUACCGACUCUACAAGUCCAGUCACUGGUAGAUAUGAAAAUCCACGAACAGAUGGGUGGUUCACCUGUGAAUAGGUCCUGGCGUGAUUCCUAUGCCAAAGAGUUGCACAGUGAUACAGAUUCAAAUUACGAUCAAGCUGAAACCUCCCCUUUUGAUCACGAUUACGAUGACGGCACUCCCAAUACCUCUCCAAUGUCAUACCAACACAUUCCUGAUCAGCUGAGGACCAAGGCGCUAUCGUUUAAUAGCGACUCCAGCAACAGUCUCGCCAGUCCGCGAUUUUGCCAUCGAAUAAGUAAUCUAGACGAGAGGAUUUCCAUUAGUGAAAUCCAACCUACACGACCCUCCCCCCAUACGAGUUUCUAUGUCGAACCGAACGCGUUCUCGGACUAUCUAGGACAGCAUCAUGAUCCUAACAUUGAUAAUGAUAGGGAUAAUCCUUUUGAGGACCCCUCAUCCGAUAAUAGCGAAGUUUCCGCUCUGAAAUUCCGCAUAGUAGAACUGGAAUACGUCAACGCGGCUCUCGAGGGUAAAGUUCGGCAAUAUCGAGACGAAAUUCGGCUAUUCAAGAAAGACGUCAAGGGGUACAAGAAUGACGGACGACGGUUCACACAGCAACUCAAUGACAAGAACAUGGAGAUAACGGCACUGCACACCAAGAUUAUACAGCUUCUUAAUAACGACACUUUGUUGUCGUCUCCCCAAACUAUCACUUCCACCUCAUCCGGCUUUUCUGCAAAAGCAUCUACAGCAAACUCCCAAACAACAGUUAAACAAAGGAAAGGGAGCAAAGCCGGUUUGUAUCACUCGAGAAAUUUUUCUCAGACAACAGGGCGUAUCGAUGACGCUUCUUUGAAAGACCAACCUAGAAGUUGGCUUUGA